AUGCCAUCCCCUAGAAGACGAGGGUCUGAUGAAGUUUCGUUCAACAGCGACAAGAGCCUGGGCUCCACUCUCGUCAGCGACCGAAGUUGGUCAAAGGAGCUAGAAACGAGAUCGACGCGAAAGUCUUUGGACGUCUCCUCACAAAUUCGUACCUGCGAAACACCACAAGAAGCUCUCGAAAAUGCCAUCGGGCCAGACAACGUCCCUCACACGACUGAACUCGACACCAUCCCAUGCGCAGGAAUCCGGAUUCCGAACGGGCCCUUCACUGGUCUCUUAGCAUGGCGCUUCGUUGUUCGUCUGCAGGAUAAAGCGAAAGUUUCAACCCCUCACCUGACACCUGCGACGCCACGAACCCUCAGGCAACAUAUGCGACAGAGGAGCGAAGAUGCUCGUAGUUUGUUUUCUCUCCAACCACCGCCGAAGAUAGGACACGGUCAUACCCGUUCGAGAUCCCAGGUUGAAUUCACACCUCCAUUCUACAAAUCCGAGUUUUCUACAUCCACUUCGGCGUUGUCGACUCUGUCUACAGCGGCGCCCUCCAUUAUCAGCACGCGAUCCGAUUCCAUCCACUCCGCCACUAGAAAUCCCCAAUCCGGUUCAUCGCAUUCCCAGGCAGUCGUGACCAACAUGAUCCUCGACACCUCAUCCUCACACAACACGAUCUCGAGAGGCACAUUACUGGCACUGGGAGCUUCCGAUGCAUUCAUCGACCAAUUGGAGAAGUCUGAAACUUCGGUUUCGUUGUACCUUCAAGACGUGCAGAAGCCCAUCUCCUUCCGUUUGGCUGCUGAAGGUGAACCGGGGAGGUUAGGCGUCCAGUUUCUCGAGGAAGCAAGGGUCAAUAUUUGUAUUGGGGAAGGUGGGCGAGGUGGGAUCGUAUGGGCUGAUUCUGCACUCGAGACGAAGUUGUAUUUGAAGGAGGUGCCUAGGACGAUACCGCUUCCGAAAAUGAACAUCCAGAACAAGAUUCGGGGGCUGUUUAACUUGGCAGCUAGCCGGUUUACUUGA